AUGGAGUUCGAACUCCAACGCCCGCCUUCCUCCACCAACCCCGCUCAUUGUCAGGAUGGAUCAGCUGCUGAACAGCGAUACCAAGACGAUAAUGUGGUGGGAGAUUACGAUUAUGAUUCCAGUCGUCGUGACCAUCACAGCGACAAUGUCAAUUCUAACAUCAACCAACAGCUGCCCCCCGCUGAUGGCGGCCCAGAUGCCUGGCUGUUCCUCGCGGCCUGUUUUAUGAUUGAGGCGUUGGUGUGGGGCUUCGCAUUUGCCUUCGGUAUCUUCCAGGAUUACUAUAGCACGCACGAGCCAUUUAAGGAUUCGGACAACAUCGCUGCCAUUGGGACUUGUGCGAUGGGUAUCAUCUACAUUCUCGCACCCUUCGUCUUUGCGCUGCUGCUGGCUGUGCCCCGACUGAAGCGAUGGGCGACGCCACUCGGCUUCCUGAUCAUGUGUGUCUCUCUGGCUCUCAGCUCAUUUGCGACCAACACGACCCAUCUCUUGCUCUUGCAGGGAAUUGGGUAUGCUGUCGGGGCCAGUCUGGCAUACGCGCCUACCAUCCUCUUCAUGGAGGAGUGGUUCGUUAACAAGAAAGGACUGGCGUUUGGGAUCAUGUGGGCCGGUACCGGGGUGUCAGGGGUCGUCCUUCCCGUCUUCCUCCAGUGGCUGCUCAACGCCCACGGCUUUCGCGUCACUCUCAGGGUCUGGUCUAUCGUGCUCUUCGUCCUGACAGCCCCUCUUCUAUACUUCGUCAAGCCCCGGUUGCCUAUCGCCCAGUCAUCCAGCAUGCGUCCGUUCGACUUUAGCUUCCUCUGGAACCGAACCUUCCUGAUUUUCCAGCUUGGCAACGUGCUCGAAGCUCUGGGCUUCUUCCUCCCGUCCAUUUAUCUCCCGACGUAUGCUAGUCGCAUUCUUGGUGCUAGCAAUCUGGUUGCGUCUCUCACAGUCCUCCUUGUCAACCUCUCCUCAGUCUUUGGAUGCAUUAUAAUGGGGACGCUGGUCGAUCGCUAUCCUGCGACGACCUGCAUCUUCAUCUCCACCAUUGGCAGCACCAUAGCCAUCUUCUUGAUCUGGGGCUUCUCAAUCAAGCUAGCACCUCUGUUCCUCUUCUGCAUUACAUAUGGCAUUUUUGCUGGACCCUUCUCAGCCACCUGGCCGGCAAUCAUGAAGGAGGUCAAGAAGAGGAAGAAUUCAGCCGAGCCUACCAUUGUGUUUGCCUUCCUAGCGGCGGGGAGGGGCAUCGGCAAUGUGGUCAGUGGGCCACUGAGUGAGAAGCUCCUGCAAGGCUUUCCCUGGCGAGACGCCGCCAGUGGAGCAUAUGGCAGCGGCUAUGGCACCUUGAUCGUCUUCACUGGAAUUACAGCCUUGCUUGGCGGGCUCAGCGUCCUGGCACGGCCGUUGAGGUUACUCUGA